AACGAAGUGAUUUCUACAACUGUUUGAAGAAGGCUCAUGCAAGCUGUUAUCGUAUCUAUAAAUUAAAAUAUGGUAACAUCCACUACACACUUCCACGUUGUUCAUGGGGCUGUCUUAAAAACAAGACGUCACGGGACUGGAAACGUCAGGACGCCAAACAAUGGACGACUGACAAUUGGCAAACGCACACGAAGAGACACAAUCCAGGCAUUGACAGCGGAGGCAAGCUGUCCGCCAUGGGGAGCGCUUUCUCUCGCGGACUGUCUAUCCUGCGGGAGAGGCUGAAGACUCCCGGGCGGCAGGGCGAGGAGACCCAGAAAGACACCGACGAUGACUCAUUGGAUGGACAUGUCAGGAGGGAAGAUAUCGCCCAAUUUCCUUACGUGGAAUUCACCGGCAGAGACAGCAUAACUUGCCCAGCUUGUCAAGGAAGUGGACGCAUACCAUCGGGUCAAGUCAAUGAACUGGUUGCAUUGAUUCCAUAUAGCGACCAAAGGCUUCAGCCUCAAAGAACCAAACUGUACGUGGUCCUGUCCGUCGUGCUGUGUUUCCUUGCCUCCAUACUGGUGGCGUUCUUCCUUUUCCCGCGAUCGGUGAUUGUGCUGGAUGAUGGGAUACAUGCUGUGAAGGUGCACUUUGAGCCCACAACCUACAACGUCCAGAUGAACUUAACGAGCACACUGAACAUCAGCAACCCAAACUUUUUCUCAGUGCUGGUGCAGAGUAUCAACUGCCAGGUGCUCUACAUGAAGAAGGUGAUCGGUAUGCAUCAGCUUAAUGUUGCCGCCACCAUUCCACCACUUAGUGAGCGUCAGGUGAACUUCACGGUCAGCGUGGAGAUUGGCAACAGUGCACCGUAUGUCUAUGCCUUCUGCACCAUGCGCAGUAUCAAGGUCCACAAGAUCCUUGUUUUUAUGCAAACCUCCGUGAAAACAUCACACCUGGUGCGAACAUCCCAAAACAGCCUGGAAGCGUAUCACUACGUCGACUGUGCCUUUGUGCCCUCCAGCCAAGUCUAGUUACUACAGCAAUGGGUAGCAAUGUUCUCUGAAGUGUUGGUCAAAGGUUGCACAAUAUCUGGUUUGAGGACCAAACUGCCUCUUGAAUUGAGCAGCUUCCUAAUGAAGGCCACGUGUUGAUUUUUAUUUAAAGGAUUCAGGUACCAGAAAGCAUUUUCAAAGCACUCACAAUGGAAUUGCAGUGUCAUAGCCACAUAUAAGCUUUUUAAGGGAGCAUGUAUUUACUUAUUCUUUUUGCUGCUACACUUAACGCCGUGCCAUUGACCGAAAAUUUUGUUGCAAACUAUAAUGUUUAACUAGACCUUUUUGUAAAAGAAAGUUGUGGGCUUGCAGUUUCAAAGGCAAACUUUAUUGCAAACCAAAAGUGCCUUGGAAAUUCUGUGUAUGGCUACAAAGGUUACUCCUGCUGCAUUCUUUAAUGAAGCCCAAAGAAAAUUGUCACCUAUCGUGCACAUGAAUAUUUUUGAUUAGGAAAUAGUGAAGCUACACUCCUGCGUUUGAACAGUUUUGGAUGGCACAAGGCAAGUUUGUACAACAUUACACACCAAUCACACUGGAGAGGGAAUCUGUAUGCAUGUUUGACUUGAAUCCUUUCUUGCCUAUCAGAAUCUCUGUAAAGAUUUCUAGUUGUCUGUUGUUGUUUUUUUUAAGUUAUUUGUACAAUUAUGCUUUCUCUGACUAAUACAUUAUAGCAGAUAUUUUAAAAUAACGACUGUGUGAUCUAAGGCUAAAGAAGCAUUAAAGGAAAUGUGAAUAAAAACUAAUAAUGUAAA